AUGCGCUGCUCGGGUGGACUGCUCUUCAAGGGUCUGGUACUCUUGCUUCUCUCCCUCACAGCUCUCGGCUUUGACUUCUCGUUCACUUCACCUACUUCCUGCGACAACCUCAACAUCUCAUGGUCAGGUGGGACGGGACCCUUCUCGCUACUUAUCACGCCGGCUUUCUAUGUUCCUCAGAACAUAUCCAUUCCAGAUUCAGCAUUCGAUCCGAGCUCAGGCAAUGGUCUCUUCUCAGUGCAGCUCAAGCUCCCUCCAGGACGCCAGGUUCUUCUCACAAUGUCUGAUUCAACGGGCUUUGAGGCAGGGGGGACGUCCGAUAUCUUGACUGUUGGCUCGUCCGUUAGCGGCACAAAUUGUACCUUGGCUGAUGCCACGCCGGAUUUUUUCUUCGAGCUGAAUUCGGCUCUGCAGCAGUGCCGGACAUUCACAUUUAGCGGAUACGAUAAUGCGACACAGCCUGUUACAAUUCUGGGUUUGAUUCCUCUUGGGCAAUCGUUCAGACUUCAUCCUCCACGAGGACCGUCGACCUUUGACUGGAUAGCCGAUGUUUCAAACGGAACUACCAUCACGUUCAUUAUGACUGAUGCCUUGGGUAGGCAAGGAGGAAGUUCUGACCUCAGGACGGUUGGCAUAAGCGAUGAUUCCUCGUGCAUUAGUGCCUCAUCGCCUCAUUCGACUGCACAAGCGUCGUCAACGUUAUCAGGUGGAGCGCAACCGACGCAAGCUGUCGAUACGCACUCGGGUUCCAAUACUGGCACCAUCGCUGGUGCGACUGUAGGCGGGCUUGCAGUUGUCUCCCUCGCGCUUCUCGUGUCGUUUUGCUGUCUACGACGACGAAAACAAGCGAAGGAUGACCUUCCGGGCCCUCAUCGACCACCGAUUGCUUUCAUUGGUAGCCGGUCAUCACGCAUCUCGCGUGUUCGUAGCUCGCUCAUUCCGUCUGGCGGUCGCGCACGACGCGCACACUCUUCAUUUGACCUUCUCCCACCAGCUGCAAUGCACGAGUCGUCCAUGCGUAAUUCGCCUCUUCAUCAAUCGGUAUUACCUGUUGCCGAGGAUGAUUACAUACUAAGCCCGUAUAUCCUUCCAUCUGAUACUGAAGCUGUUGAUGGUCACUCUGGACGAUACUCCGAGUCUUACCCGCGGGCUCCGCCUCGCUCAGUACCACAUUCUCCGAUUGGUGGUGCUAUAGGUUACGCUCAGUCACAUAGCCGAUCGCAUUCCCGUUCAGAAAGUGAUGGUCAUUUAAGUCCAAGCUCCCCAUUCUCCAGUCCUUACUCCCAAGCCCAUAUGAGGAGUCCUUCCGUUCCAAGUUCCCCUACGUCUCCUGGUGUCACUUCACCGAAGGGAUCAGUAAGAAGUCCCCAUCGCCUAACGCCUCGCUUCAUCCUGCACACGGAUGCAGAGGAUAUGGGCAAUUCAGAAGGAGAAGAGGCCGAUGUAGUCGAGCUUCCUCCGCAAUAUACGGACCGAAGAGAAUCCAAUACGAAGCUGGAUGACCACGUCAAGAGAUCCGAUCGCUCACCCAGCUGA